GCUUCCCUCCAACCUCAGAAAAACGAUCUCCUACUGUCCUAGCCACCAAGGCGACACCCCCUAAUCACACCGUGACUUGCACCAGUCCACUCAGCUCCGCCAUGGCCACGCUCGCCAAGCACCUCAUCCUCUGCUCCUCCACCUCGUCAUCCCCCUCGCCGCGCCGCCGCCGGCCCCUGCCUCCCAACGCCACCGCGGGUGGCUCGGACAAUCAGCCGCAUCAGCAGGCGCCGCCGCCGCAGUCCGCGACGCGGCGGCUGGCGGUGGCCGCGUCCACGGCGCUGGCGGCCACGGCCGCGCUGUACGCGCGCCGUCCCGCGGCGCCCCCGCCCGCGAUGGCCGCGGAGGCGGCGUUCGUGCCGGCGCCGACGUCGCCGGGGACCGUGCCGCGGUGGGGCACCAAGUCGUACGUGCGGGAGCGGUUCUUCGAGCCGGAGCUGACCGCGGAGGAGGCCGCCGCGCGCAUCCGGCAGACGGCGGAGGGGAUGCGCACGCUGCGCCCGAUGCUGGAGACCAUGUCGUGGAAGUACGUGCUCUUCUACGUCCGGCUCAAGUCCAAGUACCUCGACCUCGACCUCACCACCGCCAUGGCCGGCGUUCCCGCGGGGCGGCGCGCCGACUACGUCCGCGUCGCCAACGAGCUCGUCAACAACAUGACAGAGUUCGAUCGCUUCGUGCGGACUCCCAAGGUCUACGAGUCCUACCUCUUCUACGAGAAGACGCUCAAGUCGCUGGAUGACGUGGCAGAGUUCCUCGUUUGAUAUGGAUAAAGGUUUUGAACACAAACUUUUGUAGAGAAAAAAACAUAUAUAACAUAUGCUGUGAGCCUGUGACUAGUGAUCAGGGUUCUCAAUUUCGUUCUCGCCCAUUUUUCGAUCCUCACCAAAAUUCACGAAAUUUUGGCUGAAAUCCACGAUUAAAAAGGUGGCUAUGAACAGUUCCGAAUUUUCUGAUGGAUAGUAAUUUCAAUCACCACCGAAAAGAUGGAAAUUUCGGGAAA